AAAUGCUCUCUCCAAAUUUCUGAUGUGCAGUUUCGCAGAGUCAUGGCGCAAGGAUCAGAUAUAGCACUGGGGGUUAAAAAGAACAAACAGCUGGAAUCUGGGAUAAAAGAACACUUGCUCUGUCUUUUUCCCUCUCGUCGCAUUGUAUUUUAACAGCGUAUUCCAAAUUUCCAAUCCCGUGCUCUCUCUCUCUCUCUCUCUCUCUUGGUGGUAAAAAUGUGUUUGAUCUCAACAAAAUACAAAUGGGGUUCAGCAUUUGCACUUCUUCUGGCUUGCUCAGCUGCUGCACCAGUUGAAGAUGGCUUACUUGUUAAUGGUGAUUUCGAGACUGCUCCAUCUGGAGGCUUCUCUUCAGAGGCUGUAUUUUUUGGCGGCCCCUCCACAAUUCCCGGCUGGAAAUCCAAUGGAACGGUGGAGCUAGUAGAGUCAGGGCAAAAACAGGGCGGGAUGAUCCUCAUUGUACCACAGGGUAAACAUGCGGUGCGACUUGGCAAUAAUGCUGAGAUAAGCCAAGAAUUGAAAGUCGAGAAGGGCUCACUUUACUCUGUGGCAUUCAGCACGGCUCGCACGUGUGCCCAGCUAGAGUCUUUGAAUGUUUCCGUUCUGCCAGCGUCUCAGACCAUUGAUUUGCAGACUCUGUAUAGUGUGCAGGGAUGGGAUUCAUAUGCAUGGGCAUUUCAGGCAGAGGAGGAAAAUGUGCGGGUGGCGUUUAGAAAUCCCGGAAUGGAAGAUGACCCCACCUGUGGACCAAUCAUCGACACCGUUGCAAUCAAGAAGAUCUAUGUUCCUGGCAAACUGAAAAGCCUUGUGCGUUCAGGCAAUGCAGUUGUUAAUGGUGAUUUCGAGGAAGGCCCGUGGAUGUUCAGAAAUGCUUCUCUUGGCGUUCUUCUCCCAACCAACCUCGAUGAUGAGACAUCAUCAUUGCCCGGUUGGAUAGUUGAAUCGAAUAGAGCAGUCCGUUAUAUUGACUCCUACCAUUUCAAGGUUCCCGGGGGCAAACGAGCCAUUGAAUUACUUUCCGGCAAGGAAGGGAUUAUCUCCCAGAUGGUUGAAACCAAGCCAAACAAACCUUACACGAUGAAAUUUUCAUUAGGCCACGCCGGAGAUGCCUGUAAGCAGCCACUAGCCGUCAUGGCGUUUGCUGGUGAUCAAACCCAAAGCAUCCAUUACACUCCCAACUCGAAUUCCACAUUUCAGACCUCUAAUCUUAAUUUUACGGCCAGGGCAGAACGGACACGUGUUGCUUUUUACAGCGCUUAUUACAACACGAGAACUGACGACAUGAGCUCUUUGUGCGGUCCCGUGGUGGAUGAUGUGAGAGUGGAACGGUCGGCUUCUUACAAAAUUAGGCUAGGAAUUGAAUUGAUCUUGUUUUUUGGCUUCCAUUGGUUUGUUUAAGUUUAGGUCCAAAGGGAGUUCUGUUCUGGCCAUAUUGUCCUGUGUUGUGAUGUUCAUUUCUACCGUGAAGAAUUACUAGACAACUUAAAUGACAUACCCUUUUAAUGACA